AUGCUUUGGGUUGUCUGUCUCGCUCUCCUCAGCGACACCGUGGGACAAAAUGGGAUCGGCCAGGCCGUGGGCAUCAUUGGCAUCCCCAUGAGUGUCGGCCCCAUCAUUGGACCUCUGCUGGGUGGCGUUAUUUAUGCAUACGGCGGCUACUUUGCCGUCUUUGGCUUGAUGUUCGGUCUUCUCGCCAUAGAUGCCGUGCUGCGGCUCCUCCUCGUCGAAAAGAAGGUCGCUCGCAAGUGGCUCGAAAGCGGACAGAACACCCAGCCAGAAGCGGCGGUUCCCUCGGCCGACAACAAGGACGAAGCUGUGAGCCCUGUGCCUGAGUCGGUCGAUACGUGCGAGACUCCCACCGUACCGCGGGUCGACAACGAUGGUACCCAGGCUCCAAGCUCCCAGAAUUCGAAAACUAGCCGCCGGCUGCCUGCCGUCUUCCGCCUCCUGCUCAAUCCGAGGAUCACUGUCGGCAUCAUCGGCGGCCUUCUCCAGUCCGCACUCAACGUAGCGUUCGACAGCACCCUGCCCCUUGUCGUCGAGGACAUCUUUGGCUGGAACCAGACUGGCCAGGGUCUCAUCUUUAUCACUAUUCUCAUCCCUUCCCUGCUUCAGCCCGUCUUCGGCCGGAUCACCGACAAGUACCAGCAAGGUCGCCGCCUCCUCGGCGCGGGAGGUUGCCUGCUCGCCACGCCGUUCUAUGUUCUCUUGCGUCUCGUGACUCACGACUCGAUAGGCCAAAAGGUCCUCCUUUGUGUCUUGCUCGUCAUUAUCGGCCUGGCCAUGGCGAUAUCUAUGCCGGCUAUCAUCGCGGAGAUUGGAACGGCGGUCGAGGAUCAGGAGAAAGAAGAUCCGCAAGCUGUGAAAGGGGGGGUUGUUGCUACUGGAUGGAGUCUUGUCAACGCUGCAUACGCAGCUGGUUGCCUAAUCGGUCCCUUGUUCGCCGGUCUAAUCCGGAACGCAGCGGGGUGGCAGACAACGACAUGGUGCUUGGGAUUGUUGAGUGGAGUGACAGGCGUUUUUGUUCUUCUCUUCCUGGAUGGAUGGAUAGGAAAGAGGACGCCAAAGGCUUUGAUAGCUAAAGCAGCGAAGGAGGGAUCUGGUUAG